AUGAUGAAGAAAACAAUGAAAGCAGCAGCAGCAAUUUUACCAACUGUUAUCGAACAUCGAUCUAAUAUGACUAAAGCACGUCGAAAAAUCAUACCUGUUAUACCAUCAACUGUUAUGUUCGAAAUUCCAGAGUUAUAUCAACAAACGCUUUCAAAUGAACAAUUUUUAACAAGUGAUUUGUUUCUUAAAUGUGGUCAAGAUAGAAUUCUUGUCUUUGCAAGUGAUCAACAACUAGAAUUAUUAUUUGAAAGUGAUACAAUUUUUAUGAACGGUACAUUUGAUACAUCACCAGCAAAUUUCAAACAAGUGUACUUGAUACAUGUUCAUAAAUUUGACCACGGUUUACCAGUUGCUUUUUGUCUUUUACCAAAUAAACGUGGAAAAACGUAUACUGCACUUAUGGAACAAUUACAAGAACAAGCUAAUAUUAUGGGGAAACAAGUUAAUUCAAAACGGAUUGUAACGGAUUAUGAACCUGGUUUAAUGCCUAUACUUGAACAAGCAUUCCCUAAAGCACUUCACUCCGGUUGUAUGUUUCAUUUCAAUCAAGCAAUUCAUCGAAAAAUUACAGCUUUGAGUUUAUCGAAUGAUUAUUUACACAAUGAAAGUAUUCGUGAUCAAUGUAGCCAGCUAAUGAUUUUAAGUCUCAUCCCGAUUAAUGAAGUGGAGAAUCAAUUUAAACGUUUACAAAUAAUUAUGUCGACAUCAUUAGGUGAUUUACUACUUUACUUCAAGCGCCAGCGAAUCUAUGAUGUUGUUCCUAUUGAAAUGUGGAAUUUUCAUAAUGUUGAUCAUCGAACUAAUAAUACAUCAGAAGCUUAUAACCUUCGUUUCGCAGCUAUAUUGUCUAGAAAACAUCCAAAUAUUUGGAGUUUUAUACAAUUAAUUCAAUGUGAACAUGUUCGUUUUGAACAUACAUCGAUACAGCUUGAUACUGGAGCUUCUAUACCAAAACAGUCAAAAAAACAAAAGCUUUCCAAAUGA